UACUUUCGCAUUUAUAAUAUUAAUAUAUUAUAUAGUAGGGAUUAAGAACAUAUUCAUACUUAGUACGAGUUGUCAAAUGUAAAAGUCUUAAUAACAAACACAAAUUACAUAACAUACAAACAAUUAUCGAUAUCGCUGUCUUAUCAUAUAAAGUCAAAGUUCAAACCCAAUGAUCCAAAUCAAAACACUUUACAUAACAUUCAUAGACCGUCUUCUGUUUUAGUGUGAACGUAAGCGCGAACCAUGAAGGUCGUGGUCACUGGAGCCGCUGGCUUUCUCGGGUCAAGAUUAGCAGACGAACUUUUACUAAAUGGUUUAGAAAAGACCAAAGUAACGGAACUUAUCCUUACUGAUGUUCAAACGCCACCAGCGAGACAAGACCCCCGCGUCACUGCCUUAGCCCUCAAUCUCACUGAACCAACCGCCGCAGAUAAACUUAUAGAUGAAAAAUGUGGUGUUGUGUUUCAUCUUGCAGCUGUUGUCAGCGGACAAGCAGAAGCCGACUUCGAAUUCGGAAUGAAAGCCAACUUGGACGCAACACGAUCGCUACUCGAAGCCGUUCGUCAUAAAGCACCGACAGCCAAAUUCGUUUUCGCCAGCUCAGUGGCUGUAUUCGGAGGUGACUUUCCUCCAGUCAUUGAUGACUUAACCUGCGUUAUGCCGCAGACGUCCUACGGAACAGCGAAAGCCAUGUGUGAGUUACUGGUGAACGACUACUCGCGUCGUGGGUUUGCAGAUGGGCGAGCUGUCAGACUGCCGACUGUGAGUGUUCGAGCGGGUGUCGCUAAUGCGGCAGUGACGUCAUUUGCUAGUGGAAUCAUUCGGGAGCCUUUGAACGGAAAGGAAUCCAUAUGUCCAGUGAAGAAAGAACAAGAACUGUGGCUUACGAGUCCAGAGACGGUAGUGAAGAACAUUAUCCAUGCGGCUGUAGUUGAUGCGAGUGCAUUAGGCAAGUGGCGAGCCAUCAACCUGCCAGGGCUAUGUGCUUCCGUAGGUGACAUGGUAUCAGCAUUACGUUCAGAAGCCGGUGAUGAUGUAGUGUCUCUAAUCCGCUUCAAAUAUGAUGAAUUUAUUGCAAAGAUAGUCACUUCUUUGCCAAUCAGGAUUGAUAACAGUCGUGCGCUUAAACUAGGCUUUUCGGUAGAUCCAAACUUUUCUGCUAUCGUACGUUCUUAUAUGAAGUACGAUUUAAAGAAAUAAAAUGAUAAUAAAACUAAUCUUUGUAUAAUAAUAGUAAUAAGGUAACGUCUUUUGUUUUACACACAACACAAGAACACCUAUUGACCCAAAUGUUUGUCUGGGUCCUUUUUAGCUCAGGGCAAAAGAUUGUCUUACAAUCUCCCAAGACAAUAUGCUAUUUUCUAAGAACGAAAUAAAGACGACUUUCGUUAGACUUUUGUUUGCAUUAUACUCAUUUCCUUUAGGUAGCCAUAUCUUGAAGAAUCGAAUGCCUUAUCAAAUAUUUAGGUUAGUGUUACAACUGAAACAAACUUAUUCUUGUAAGAAAAGAUAACAUUGGAGUUCUCUAUAAGAAAAUCGUUUGUUUUUUUGGACAGCGAUAUCUUUGCUACAAUAACUAAUAAAAAUAAGUACAACUAGAAGAUUGAAAGUGGUUAGGUAUAAUAUAAGUAAGGUAAUUGACUUAUGUUUCUUCCUAAAGGUCAGGAUAGAAUCUAUGAUAAAUAUCAGUCUGGUUUCACCUGUAAUAUACGAUAGAAAAAUAUAAUUUUGUUGUGGAAAUAACCUGGAUAUUCUGUAUUAUACUGUGUCCCGCC